AUGUCUACGUUUGCAUCUUUGGGGCUGCCCAAGUGGCUCGUGGAAAACCUCGAGGCCAUGAGAAUCACUACUCCGACAAAUAUUCAAGCAGGAUGUAUCCCCGAGAUCCUCAAGGGACGAGAUUGCAUUGGAGGAGCCAAGACAGGUUCUGGUAAGACGAUAGCCUUUGGGGCACCAAUGUUGGCGAACUGGUCGAAAGACCCGAGCGGCAUCUACGGCGUGGUUCUCACGCCGACGCGCGAGCUGGCGAUGCAGAUUGCCGACCAGUUUGCCGCCCUGGGAGCCACCGUCAACCUAAAAGUCAGACUCGUCAUUGGAGGCCAGUCCAUGACCGACCAGGUGGCCGUGAUCAAGGAGAACCCUCACUUUCUGAUUGCCACUCCCGGCCGUCUUGCACAUAUCAUCAUGGAGAACCCGGACGAGACACGCGGGCUGAAAAGAGUCAAGUACCUUGUUCUGGACGAGGCCGACCGUUUGCUGACUGAUUCGUUCACGGACCACCUGCAAACGUGUUUCGAGGCGCUGCCGGACUCGUCGAAGCGGCAGACGUUACUGUUCACGGCCACAGUGACGGAUUCGGUGCGGUCGCUGAAAGACAAGCCCGUGGCCAAAGGGAAGCAGCCGGUCUUUUUGCACGAGCUGGACCAGGUGGAUGCCGUCAAGAUCCCCAGCACGCUGCGACUGCUGUACUGCCUGGCUCCCGUAGUUGUCAAGGAGAGCAUGCUGCACAAUAUCCUCACGAGCGACGAGUACAAGGAGAGCACAGCCAUAGUUUUUGCGAACCGGUCAGAAACCGCAGAGAUAUUGCGGCGCACGCUGCGGCACCUGGAGGUGACAACGACGUCGCUGCACUCGGAGAUGCCGCAGUCGGAGCGGACGAACUCGCUGCACCGGUUUCGUGCGGGAGCCGCGCGGGUGCUGAUCGCAACGGACCUUGCUUCCAGAGGACUGGAUAUUCCGAGCGUGGAGCUUGUGAUCAACUUCGACAUCCCCAGAGACCCGGACGACUACGUGCACCGGGUGGGAAGAACGGCGCGUGCGGGCCGCAAAGGUGACGCGAUCUCGAUGGUGACUCCGAACGACCUGAGCCGCGUGCUGGCGAUCGAGGAGCGUGUCGGGCUCAAGAUGGAGGAGCUGGCCAUCAGCGACAACAAGGUGAUCAGCCAGAGUCUCAAGGCGGUGUCCAAGGCGAAGAUCGAGGCCCGCAUGGAGAUGGAGAAAGACGGGUUUGGCGAGCGCAAACGCCGCCGCAAGGAAAGAGACAACGCUCGCAAACGGUACAAAGACAUCUAA